UGGAGAUUGGAGUCUUCGUCGCUUUGCUGCACAAGAGGAGUUUCAUUAUAUUCAUUCCCAUUUCAACAAUUUCAGUCAGAGAACUUCUGUGCUUGGCUAAGGUUCCGUUCAAAAAAAAACUCUGCCUUCAGCGUUAGUUUUCGUUUACGUUUUGGGUAGGUCUAAUGUACUUUACUACACCUACCAAGUGGCGGCCUCAUCUUAUCGAAAAAUAUUAAAAUAAAACUUUAUCCAACGUCAAUUAAACUCUCAUUUCAUUGUUUACAUUAUUUUUAUCGCGCAACAUAUCUUGAAAUCUUGGUGUGUUCCUUUUAUUUUUAUUGCUUUUUAAAAGAAAGUCCAAAUAAACGAGUCGUGCGUGUCACAUCAUCAUAGUUGAGUUGAAAAGUGAUUUAAAAGUACUUCAAAAAGAGUGCCACAAGAAUAAAUUGUUUACCAACAAUUUAACUAGAGGAAAUCUUCUUCCUACAACAUAAUACACUUCAGUGAAAACAAUAAAAACCAGACUCAAACCGGAAGGAAGGUGUAAUUGUAAUUGUUGACAUGUCUCAGCACAAAAAGACACCUGAUCUACAAGACGAUCAAAGAUUUGCAUUGAUGAAGUUUCGGCGAAGUGUUGCUGAUAUAAUCCAACCUGAACAUGAUGACUACUAUCUACUACGAUGGCUUCGAGCCAGAAAGUGGAAUGCAGAAGCAGCGGAAAAAAUGUUAAGAACUAGCCUUAAAACCCGUGCGAUGUGGAAUGUGGAUAACAUUGAAAAAUGGGACUGUCCCAAAGUCCUUAUAGAAUACACUCCAUCUGGUCUUGUUGGAUUUGACAAAGAAGGAUCCCCAAUUAUUGUAUGUGCUUUUUCUGGAAUGGAUAUGUGGGGAAUGCUGCAUUGUGUCACGAAAUUUGAGUUCCAAAAAUACACAGUACUGCUUUUGGAUCGAUACAUGAGAGCUGGUUAUGAGAGUAGCAAGACAUUUGGACCUCAAGCUCGACAACUUGUUGUAUUCUUCGACAUGUCAAAUUUCAAUCUCAAACAAUAUGCUUGGCGACCUGCUGCAGAACUUAUAAUAACAAUGAUGAAGCAAUAUGAAGCGAAUUAUCCAGAGCUUCUUAAAAUGUGUUAUAUUGUAAAUGCUCCAAAACUAUUUUCUGUAGCAUUUAACUUUGUGAAGAAAUUUUUGGACGAAUACACAAUGAGCAAGAUCAAUAUCUAUAAGAGUGGAUCAGAUAAAUGGAAGGCACAAAUGUUCUCUCAUGUUGAUCCAGAUAAAUUCCCCAAGAGAUUUGGUGGUAAUUUUGUGGAUGAGAAUGGUGAUCCUGACUGCAAGUCCUUGAUUUGCUAUGGUGGUAAGAUUCCCAAAGAGCUUUACACUCAACAAAGUGAUGAUAACGACAGUGGCAAGACAUUCAUAGAAACCACUGUUAACAAAGGCAAAAAACUCAAACUGGAAUUUGAUGUUGCCGAAGAUUCUCGAGACCGUUUGCUGACUUGGGAAUUCCGCACAAUUGAUUAUGAUAUUAAGUUUGGAAUUUACAGCAUUGACAAUAAGACUGGUGAAAAGACAGAUGAAAUUUCCUUAGCCACAGUGUAUUCCAAUGAAAUGGAUGAAAUAGGUUUCAUUAACUGCCGACCAAAUUCAAAAUAUGUUGCUGUUUUUGACAACUCACAUAGUUACUUGAGGAAUAAGAAACUGCGUUAUUCAGUUGAACUUGUUACGGACAUUGACGAUGAAGUUCAGGAACUUACAGAAGAUUUUAAAAGUACAACAUUAGCAGAACAAAACUAACAUUUGUUUAUCAUCGUUUAAGUCAUCUCUCUUUAAUCUAAACAAAGUAUUUUUUUCUUUACAUUUUAAUGAAAAUUCCAACAUUAUAUUCAAAUUUAGAAAUUUUAAAAAUUCUAUAAGCUUACUUAAAUAAAUUAGACAGUAAGCAAGGGUGUAUUAUUGUAAAAUAAUAUUAUAUUAUGUAAUAUCAUGUAAAAAAAUAAGGGAUUUUGUACUUUUGUAAAUUAUAAGCUGCAAUGUUUGUACAUUUUAUUCAACCAGAAGCCAAAAAAAAAGUUAUAGUCCUAUCCAACGAAUUUGUGAUAACUUUGUAUAAAACGUUAAAAAUGUUUUGUUUGUAAAUAAAAAAAAAUAAUAAAAUUAUGAAA